CGUUCGUUUUCGUGGAAGCAGCUAUGACACUCGUGGAAACGUUAGUGCUAUAGUCUGUGAAUUUACUUGAAUUUUUGAGUUGAUGGACCGUGUGAUAGUGAGUCGAGGGGCGAGUCAAAAGAGCAAGCGGUUUGACGUGUUUGAUUUCGCCGACGAGGAAGAGAGAGUUGAGAGGGAGUCCGCGGAGAUUCUUGGAAGGUUUAAGAACCCUAAAAAAUGCCGCAAGACAGCUUCUCCUCUCAAAAAAUACAAGUUUCUUCAGUGCUUUGCCCGGCCAAAUGAAAUUAUUAAGACACCAAUUGAUCUUGACGUUGAAGUUGCAGAUUGUAGCAGGACUAAGCAAAAGGACAUUAGCAAUAGACCCAUUGAACUCGAUUCUGAAGUUACAGAACUCAAAUUUUUACAAAGUCACAAGACUUGGGAAAAGAAAAAGAUUGAUGGACCAAUUGACAUCGACACUAAAGAAGUGCAAGCGACCAAAACUGCAGAAAAGGGCACUGGAUACAAAUUUGGCGAUGUUAAUGCUAGUGUUACUGGUCAGCAAUGCACAUUUCCUUCAAACUGUCCCAUGAAGAUGAGACAAGAGGAUAUUUUCGACUUGGAUACCUCUUUGCAGUCUUUUUCUUCUAGCUAUAAGAAUGAACGAUUUGGUAUGAUUUCAGAUGAUGAUGACAGGAUCGAAAUGAGUUCAUCAGCUUUUGCCUCUUCUCAUGUAGAGUGUAGAGAGGAGCAACUUUCAGUUCAUGGUUUUGAUGGCCAUGGAAUUGAAACAGAAAAUGCAGAAGUUGUCAUUUCCCCUGAUUUUAUGUUUUGUAGAGGUAUUUAUUGCACAGAGGGUCAGUUAACUUUUUCAAAAACCUGCCUCAAGUUUGAGGGCUUGACUGUAAAUGGGACCAAGAAAAAAUUUAGUUUUGUAUGGACCGUUGGUGAUAUCAUCAGUAUUGAUGCAGAAUGGAUUGAAAGGGUUGAAACAGCCAUUAUGAAUCUUGUUCUACAGUCUAACAAUUCUAAUAGGGCUGGAAAUGCAAAUGAAACUUCAGCCAUUGAGUUGUUGAAGUUUUCAGUUUGUGAUCCUUCUUGGUCUGAAAGGCAGGAAGCAAUCAAAUCGUUGAGUAUGAGAUACAAGGAUAUAUGGAACACUGUUUCAGAUGAAAAUGAAGAAAAUACCUUCACGGGACAAAGUAGCAAGUUUUUUUCAAAGCCAUAUUUUUCUGAUUUUCAUGAACAUUUUGAAGAAGUUAUCUAUCCGAAAGGUGAUCCUGAUGCUAUUUCAAUUAGCAAGAGAGAUGUUGAACUUCUAGAGCCAGAGACAUUCAUCAAUGAUACCAUUGUUGACUUCUAUAUUAAAUAUUUGAAGAAUAAAAUUCGACCUAAGGAACAAUAUAGGUUCCACUUUUUUAACAGUUUUUUCUUUCGCAAGCUUGCUGAUCUGGAUAAAGGUUUAUCUAGUGCUUGUCAAGCCAGGACAGCAUUUCAACGUGUUUGUAAAUGGACAAAGAAGGUGGAUAUCUUUGAAAAGGAUUACAUUUUCAUUCCUGUAAAUUACAGUCUUCAUUGGAGUUUGAUUGUCAUCUGUCAUCCUGGUGAAGUGGCUAAUUUGAAAGAUGAUGAAGCUGAAAAAUUACUUAAAGUUCCUUGCAUCUUGCACAUGAAUUCAAUUAGAGGAAGUCAUAGGGGCCUUAAAAAUCUUUUCCGGAGUUACUUAUCUGAAGAGUGGAAAGAGAGGCAUAGAGAGGCAGCAGAUGAUGUUCCUUCAAAACUUCUAAAUUUACAGUAUGUCCCGCUAGAGCUGCCACAACAGGAAAAUUCAUUUGACUGUGGCCUUUUCUUGUUGCAUUAUGUGGAACUCUUUCUUCUUCAAGCAUCAAUUAAGUUCUGCCCUUUUAAGCUUAAUAUGAAUUGGUUUCCACCUGCUGAGGCUUCCUUGAAACGCUCUCGUAUCAGGGAGUUAAUCUAUGAAAUCCUGGAGGAACAGUCUCCUAGUUCCACAUCAGUUGAUAUCAUUUAUAAACGUCCAUCCUCCCUGUUACCUGGCCGAAGUGAGCAAGAAACUGGAGUACAAUUUAAUGAGCAGAUUGGAAGUUCAACAAAAACAUGUCUUCGUCAUUCCUCAAAUUCCAGUGUUAAGCAGGGGUCUAGCAAAUUUGCACUUUCUGCAUCCCCUCCUACAGUUCUACAAGGCCGUAAAGACUCAGGAUUGGAAAUGCUUGAGUGUUAUGAGGUGGGAUUUUGUGGGGGAUUGCUCUCACAAGGAAAUUAUCAUCAGAUUAAUGCACUCAGUAAAAGAAAUGCCAUGUCACCUAUAGUGGAAAUAGAAGAGACAAGUGAAGAAAUUGCUGCUGAUUCGCCCUCAGAUCUAGAUGUUCAGCAAGUUGUUGGAUCGGUAACUGAACCUGGCUUAUUCAUGCAAUAUCAUAGAAAAGAUUUCAGACUAUUAAGAACAUCAUGGAACCAACAGACAACAUUGCAUUUCGAGGAUUCAGCUUUUAACAAGUCAAGUGAUUCCCGAGAUUCAUCAGAGAUAGGGCUAGAAGAUGAUCAAGUUCUUCCAGAUUUUGAGUCAUAUUCCCAUCGGGGGGGAAAUGAUAAACCUGAAUCUUCCUCAACCUCAAAUGAAGUUUAUUCUGAUUGUAUCGUUGAAGAUUCUCAAGAGUCGAAUGGCGUGCAUGAUGAAAGUGUGAGUAUAUGUUCCCCUUCGUCCUUUCAGAGGCACUUUUCUGCUCUAUCCCAUCAACAAGAAGAUUUGACUGCAAAAGUUGAUCUUAAAAGACAAUAACAUGCUAAUGAGCGACGGAAAUCAUGUUUCAGAAGGCGAUGAACAGCCAGUUGCAAAGGUUCCAAAGCCAGAUACUUGGCCGAGGAAAGCACUAACGAGAAGCCUUUCAGAAAAGUUGCAUUCGUGAUGGCACUGGGAAUGGCUUUUGGUAAACUGUAAAAAGAUAGUAGCUUUCUUUUGGUAAUGGCUUUGUUUACUCUUUGAGAAAAUUAUUUUAUCUGAUGGUUGUUGUUACGGUUGCAACUUGCGGCUGUAAGUCUUGGCUCUCAGCUCCAAAAGUUUAACGUUACAAAAUUUAAAAAUAUAUAUUUUAGCUAAUUUUAACUAGCAUUAGUACUACACGCAAAAUUGCUAUAGCAAAGAAA